AAAACCGUGAGUUAAGUCAGUUAAGUGGUAAACAAAUAUUCGCCGAUUUAAUUGUCUCGAAUAAACGAUAAAAUUUGAAGAUCAGAAACACAUUUAUCAGAUUUGUUAUUUACAGACGUUGCUUAAUCGAUUUUGAAUCAUUUUAAUUACCUUAGUGAAUAUAUAAGCUCAUGGGCAUAACUCUGUGCGAGACUGCAUUCUAAUUAUGGAAGAGAAAAAUGAAAAGAAAGACAAUGAGCUUGUUUAUCCAGAGGGAGGAUAUGGGUGGGUAAUAGUGUUCGCUAUAAUACUGUUAAAUAUUAGUCUCCUAACUUUAAUUUACUGUUUCGGUAUUAUUUUUCGAGAUGAAUUCAAUGACAUGGGAAUCACAGCCGCCAAAACCUCGUUUCUUCUGCACCUCCAGAUUUCGUUAUUCUGCGUUGUUGGAUUCUUCGGCAGUCCGCUUUUGAAGAGAUAUUCCUACAGGAAAGUGGCUUGUGCGGGGGCGACGAUUUGGUGCUCUGGGAUAUUCCUCACAAGUUUCGCAAAUUCCUAUGCGCUACUUAUCGUUACUAUAUCCAUUAUGACUGGUGUGGGCCAGGGGAUUUUAAUGCCCGCCACGUACCUCGCAACCAACUCCUAUUUUAAGAAAAGACUGACUCUAGCUGUAAGCAUAUCGACGACCGGUGCUAGCAUUUUCUCCAUUUUUUCGCCGAAAUUAUGCCAUCUUUUAGUAACGAAUCUAGGCAGGAAAUACACCGUUCUAACGCUGUUUUCAAUCAGCCUGCUAUCGUUUAUCGGGUGCUUUCUGUUGAAGCCUCUGCCACCGGCCCAAAAAUCCGAAGAGGACUUAGUUAAAUUAAAUCAUUUAAAUCAACAGGCAACACCGGACAACGAGACCUCCGUGCAAACCUACAGCGAAACCACGCGACCCAAGCCAAAAACCGAAACUGUGAUAUCGAAGCUGAUCAACCUGUUCGAUCUGAGCCUGCUGAAGCAGCUCUCCUACAGCGUGGCCGUGCUCGCCUUGAGCGUUUCGUACGCGGCCGAGCUCAACGUGAUCGUCAUGCUGCAAUUCAUCCUGCCCGAACUGGCCCAGUUCGAUGGGAACGACGUGGCCAACGUCACCUCCGUGCAGUUCGUCUUCGACAUCAUCGGGCGAUUGGUGAUACCCAUGGUGUGCCAUUACUUCAACGCCUCGCCCAAGUGGAUUUACAUCGGCGCUUUGAUCGCUGCCUCCGUCGCCAGGACGUUAUUGGCCUGGUACUAUCAAUAUUACACCGUGGUGUACGUUGCCGUCUGUAUAUUCGGUGUGACCAAAGGGCUGCGAGCUGUGUACCAGUCAGUGAUAGUACCCAAACUAGUACCCUUAGAUAAGUACGCGACAGCUAAUGGGUUCCAGAUGUUUUUCACCGGAGCUAUUUCUUUGGUAAUCGGACCUGUGAUAGGCAUAAUCCACGAUACGUGGAAGUCAUACGUGCCUGCGCUACACACGGCAUCGAUAUUAUCCUGCUGUUGCGUCGUCCUUUGGGUAAACGAGACGAUUUUCAACAGGAAAAAACCAGAUCGUACAGAGAGUUGACUUUGGGGUAUUUUUAUACGAAUUUUUUUUUGUAUAAACAUGUAGAUAUGUCGAUA